UCGCAGAUAUUAUUGUAAUUUUGCUACAAUCCUCUACAGCAUGAGCACUUACACACAUUAAUAUUUGUAUUGGAUGCAAAUGAGGGACUUGUAAAGUUUACAAAACAGUUCCUCAGCAAUUAUUUUUCUUUAUUAGCUAAGCGGCUAAUCCAGGAUGUGACAUCAUCAUGACUGCACAUUAUGUGCGCUUUUCCUUUGAAAGCACCACUCCUUCAUCUGUACUGUAAAUGCCACACCUCACCAGGUGAUUCAUAUUUUUACAUUAUUUCUGGGCUUCGGUGUCUUAAACAAAUCUUGAAUUUACUCUUACACAAUAAGCAUGCCACUUUAAAAUAUUCAGUCAGCGCUGCUGACCGAUUACUGUCGGUAGUACUGUGUUUGUGUUGCAUAAGAACACAAAUAGUUUUUAUGCACAGGUGAUGACAUUUUCUGUUUGGUUAGUGUAAAUGGACACAUCCACACCCUUCACACCAUUUCAGGGAAUUCCUUUAUUUCAUUUGUUCCCUCUGGCACUAGUGCGGUGUAUUGCUCCUUUGUAAAAUGUAAUUUGUCAUUUAAUGUAGUUUUACUGGAACUAGGAAAGUAAUAGUAAAACAUCUAAUAGGUGUUAUUUAAAAAAAUGUUGCUUGGACAUUGUCAACAUGAUUGGCUCUUACUGGAAACGGAGAUUUAGGGUCCCACGGGUUGCAGUCUGCAACAAAUUAUGUCAUUACUUCCACGUACCUAAUUUGAUGUGAUUCCCAGUCGACAUAGUCUUGUGUUUUAAUAACUUUAUGUCCUAAUAUGCUAUUCAAAAAUAGUUCAUCCUGCAAAUUAACCUGUUCAUAUCAUAUUUAAUUCUUAAGUCGUAAUUGUUUUGAAGCAAUCUAAUUGGUGGGCGUAGGGCUUGGCUUUGUGCUGCACUGCCCCCUAUGGGUUUGGAAUGUUUAAAGCAACACUAAGGGGCAGAUUUGCACAGGUUUUGUAGAUGAAACCUUUUCUGAAAAUGGUUCCAUGUGUACGAUAUAUUUAAACGAUAUGUGUGGCUACGUGUGUACAUUGUUUGAUUCCAACAAACUUAGUGUUUAUAUUUUUUUGUUUGAGUCCUCGUUAAUCACAUUUUGUCAUCGUAAGCCUUAAUUUUCCACAACCAAAUAACAAGAAACGCUCUUAUUUGGGACAGGGGGCACCACAAAUGGCUAGCGAUGGCCCUGCAUAUAGCCAAUAGAAUUUGUCUGCAGGGCAAUAUAUUAAUAUGCAACAUUUCCCCCUCUAAUUGAGUGCUAUAUACAUAAUUGACCUUUGUAGAGCAGCUUUGACCAGGGAAUUCAGAUGAGAAAGCAAACAGUCCCAUUCAGUAUGCCAUAAUUAAUUAAUUUUAUAGCAUUUAAUAAUGUUCCGUUUUAUCUUUUAAAGACUAAUAUACUGUAUUUUUACAUAAAAUAUAAGUUCAAAGAAAGAAGCCUUUGCUAAGACAGUGUUCACCUUCCCUUCUGUUCUCUCUCUCUCUUUUUUUUCCUCUUGGGUAUCUACAUGAGCAAACCACACCUCUUUCUCUCUCUCUCUGUCUCUCACCACUUCGGGGAUUAGACAGACUCCCUUCGCUGAAAUAAUAGAACAGCCUAAACAAAGUCUUCGCAUGAAGCCUGUUUUGUGGAAGUCAAAUUCCCGCCAACCAAUGGAAACAUUUUGAAGAUUCAUAGAAAAUUCUGACAGCUAUGACAAAUGUACGCACUCGGUCCAGGACAUUUAAAGUGAAGCUGCUGGUUUUGCUGCUGGCUCUAACCGCCGCCGCCGCCGUGUUUCUAAAGUCUGACCUCACCGACUGGCUCUGGCUGCAGGAUCAAAACUCGUGUGCUUGCGGGAAGCGUUUGUCUAAAGACAACCUGCGGGCUCUUCAUCGCCUGACCCAUUCCGUGGAACCGUUCCUGACCGUAAACACCAACCUCUCUGAGGAGGCUUUCAGAUGGUGGAAGCACAUACAGCACGAACAAAGGGACUUCAGUUAUUAUAAAUCAACAGUGCACAAGCUGUUUGAGCUUUUGCCACCCGUUGCCGAUCAUGGAGAGCCCAGUUCUGACAGCUGCAGGACUUGUGCUGUUGUGGGAAAUUCGGCCAAUUUGAAAGGAUCACGUUACGGGUCGCUGAUAGACUACCAAGAUGUUGUUAUGAGAAUGAACGCGGCUCCCACCAAAAACUACGAGAGCAACGUGGGGACCAAAACGACUCAUCGCGUCAUGUAUCCGGAGAGAGCCGUGGAUUUGGAUAACUCCACUCAUCUUGUGCUGUUUCCCUUCAAGAUAAACGACCUCCAGUGGGUCAUCAAGGCCAUUACAACAGGAUUUUAUGGAAGAUCAUAUGUACCAAUAAAAUUCAAAAUAAAAGCCAACAAAGACUUGGUGAUGGUGGUCAAUCCAGGCUAUAUGAGGUACGUUCAUGAAAUUUGGCUGAAAAAAAAGGGAGAUUAUCCAUCCACCGACUUUAUGGCUUUGAUCCUUGCACUUCAAAUUUGUGAUGAGGUCAGCGUGUUUGGUUAUGGAGCAGAUGACGACGGAAACUGGAGCCAUUACUUUGAAACAGUAAAAAGCAAAAACUUUAAAACUGGACCACACCCUGGAAAACACGAGUAUGCAAUCAUAGAUGAGUUGGCUCAAAACAAAACAAUCAGGCUUUACAACAAGCGGUGAUAUCGUGAUUGAAACAAGUCACUCUUAAAAAAAUUAGAUCACAUAUCUCAAUGAGAACUACCUGUAUAGAUAGUUGCAAUAGAAAAAAAUCUAAAAACUUCUUCCAGAAUCGAAACUCCUCAGAUGGUAAAUGGCCUGUACUUUUAAAGCACUUCACACUACAUUCAGUCACUCGCGCACUGAUGGUGGUAAGCUAUUAUAUUGUAGCCAUAGCUGCGAUGGGGCAGUCUGACAGGAGUGAGGCUGCCAUGCACUGGGCGGAUCUGACCACCACCAGCAGGUAAAGCGGGUGAAGUUUAUUCCCUAAGGACACAAUGACCGUGAAAGACAGAGUGGGGUUCAAACCAGCAACCCACCAUUUACAGAAUAAACUCCUAUCUUGUCCGGCAAGGAAAAUGAAAAGUACAUUUUGGCAUUGUGUUUCCUACUGGUUGGAGGCCCUCAUCCCUCUUUUGCACAUCCCACAAAGAUGUCAUUGUUACCAUGGUUUUCCAUGCAAAUUGAAAUGCAAAUCUGUUUUCCAAACUGUCAUACAGACAAGACCCGAUUUCUUAGGAAUAGUGACAGGGACAUUGCUUUCAGGAGCUAAUUUGGCAAACAAAUCUUGUUGAUGCUCAAACUGAAUGCAGCUUGCUAGUCAACAGCUGUUUAAAACGUUUAGCAAGGUGCAAUUUUGCAACUGAGAAGUGAGUUUCAGGCACAUUCUGUGUUGUCUACAUUUGAUGUCCUUCGGAUGUGAUGCACCUCAAUCAUCUUUGUUUCAGCAAAGAUGCAUCUUGCCAGUGCUGGUUGUUGAUAUUUUUGUUGAAUUAAUGUUCAGAGGAGUAAUUAUUAGGGAUGCACCGAUAUGAAAAUUUGGGCCGAUAUCGAUAUCCGAUAUAUUUAACAGUAUUUACUGAUACUAUAUAAAUAUUUACACUUUUGACUGUGUAAAUAUUUACUUAUUGGACUGAUACUGAUAUAAUUAUAAUGUUGAUACCUAUAUAUUACACAUCCCUAGUAAUUAUUGCUAUCAGUAUUUAUUUCCAGAGAUUUUAAAUACAUUUCUCUAUUAACUGUUUACUUGUGAAAGUCUAUCUGAAGUUUAACUGUUCUUUCUGAAAACAUAGAAAAGGCAAACUAUAAAUAGGUUAAGAUCAAAGUAAGCUACGCUACACAUAGUCCCGUAGCCAUAACAACUGACUGACAACAACUCCACUAGCGGACCAGAAUUGAACUCCAAAAAUCGUGCAAACAUUUCCUACACAAAGAAAAGAACAUCCAGUCCAUUACAGAAUCAUGUUUCAGGCUUGAUGUUUACUUUUGCAAUUCUUAUUGUUAUUCAUCUGAACACAUUAAAGGUUGGUGAGCUAAUUUAAACACUUGCUCUCCUGAUGACCAGUCA